GAAAAAUUCAACUAAAUGAUUUGAAAAGCCUGAUGUAAAGCUUUUCAAAUGUUACUUGGAUUUAAAAAUAUUUUUGAACCCUCUGGACAAGUAAAAUAGGAUUUAAUGGAUAAUUUACACAACAGGUAGAACACUAACACAUCUAGUACUUAGAAUAAGGCUAUUUUUUAUUUUGUUGAGCUGUCUAGCCAGCAAGAGUGUUAUUGUCCCUUUAACAAUGGCCUUGGAGUUUUUUAAGGGCUGGCCGAUUCCCACCUAGAAACACCUUAAAACAUUAUGGUGCCUACAGUACAUCGAAAACUAAAUUACUUACCUUUCCAAAGAUGUAUUCUAGACACUUCUAAUGACUUGUGGAGGGGCCUAAUUAGAAGGAUGACUAUGUCAAACAAAUAUACCACAUUUUGAUCAGCUUACAUUUCAAUACAUUUUGAGUAGGCCUAUUCAAAUUGGGAUACAAAGAUAUAUCACAAAAAAUAUCAAUUGAAAAGAGGCAUCAAGUGUUUGAAAUGCAUGGGACGUGAUGUACAAAUAGCAGACUGGAGCAAUAGUUUGGAUCUGGAUUUCAAAAGUCGAAGCAAUUGACUGGACAUUUUAUCUAGUGUUUUGACACAUCGAUCUUACUCAUUGCACAUGUAGCCUACAUAACACUCUUCACUACAGAUUCAUCAUUCGAACACCAUGUAUACUGUUAUGUAGCCUAAGACACUGCUGACUGCAUACAUGUAUGUUGAGAAUAGCAUCUGUAUCAGAAUUCUCAAAAAGCUUAGGAUCUUUGAAGGCUCAGAAAAAACUUACAAAAAACAGGACUAGGGAGAGUGCUUUAACAUUUGAGACUACACUCAAAUUAUUCUGUGUUCUCAUAUAUGAUAUAUACUGACAUUAGACAGGAUAUAUAGACAAAGUCUUGUAUGUGUUGCAGAAUGAAUGGUGAUGCAUGCAGUGGGGCAUAUUCCUGAAGCAAUGGCCUGAGAAAUCCCUCUGUGGCCAUUGCUGGAUUGGCUUCUGAUACCUGAGCUUUUGAGGGAGUGUGCCUAUUCUUCCUGUUCAAUCAAAUCUAUCCCAAGUACAGCAACAUUGACAGCCCUUCUUUUAAUCUGGGGUCUUCCCUAAAACUUUGCACAGUGAUUUAAGAUAAGUGAAAAUUGGUUUAGCUGCUGAAUAGACCAAGUAUUCCACAACAAUUUUCAAAAUGGAAGACAGUGAUGCUUUGGCUGUAGAUCAAAAUGAUGAUAACCGUGAUGAGUUUCAAUGUAGUUGCUGUUUCAAUCUUAUGACACAACCAACCUCUCUAAUGUGUGGUCAUAACUUUUGUAGAGGAUGCCUAGCAAGAUGGUAUCUAUCAUCAAAGAAACGAGAAUGCCCUACUUGUCGACAAAAAUGGCAGGGACACCCUCGAGUAAAUAUAACCUUAAGGAAUAUGAUGACUAAAAUGUUUAAGAAAGAAGUAGAAGAAUUAGAAACCGAGUUAGAUACCAAUGAAGACACCAAGAGUAAAUUAGAUGAAUUUGAUCGUCAGUUAGACAGUAGAGAGGAUGAAACUGAUCCUAGAGCUUUUUGUACUGGUAUUGUCUUGACAUUAGCUGCUAUUCUAGUCAUAUAUUUAGCAUGGUUCUGGCGUAAUAGUGAUCAAGACCUUCUCAUCAGAAAACCCUUAUGGUCGUGGAAACCAAAAGAUGUUAGUCAAUGGUUAACAGAGUUAUCGUGGGCAGACAAAUAUUCAGAAUUUGUUUUAGAAGAAAAAAUAGAUGGUAUGACGCUCAUGGCGUUUGAUGAAAAAUCAUUACAAGAAAAAUUACAUAUAGAUAAUCCUCUACAUUUAAAAGCUCUGUUAUUAGCUAUACAUGGUAUGACUGAUACAGGCGUUAAAUUUCCGACUAAUCUAUGGGAAUAUAAGUCUAUUUAUCCUGGUAGAAGUUUAUUUUUAUUAUAUGGUCUAAAAGAUUUUCCUCGUACCACAUUAUUAUAUUUAUAUCUCUAUAAAUAUGAAGAAGUGUUUUUACCGUUUCUACAUUACACUAUACCUGCUGAUGAUAGUAUAUAUAUUAGUACAGAGCAUAAAGAACCCUACUCAUGGCAGCUCAUAACCUUUAUUAUGUAUGCUGUUGUUUUACCAUAUUGGUUAAUAGGAAAGUUUUCCUGGGUCUACUGUGAUGUUAACAGAUGGACAUCUUGGUUUGUUAUGAUGUCAUGUUUUUUACUCUCCUAUCUAGAAAUAUCAGUUUUAAAAGAUUUUUUACAAGAACAAAAUAAGUUAAGUUCUUUAAGAGAUUUAUUUAAGAAGCAUUUUAAGAUGUUGGUAUCAAUAAGUAUCUUUGUAGUUAUAUGGCCAGUUGUACCAAGACUUAUAUGUGAUUUUUUCUUCUAUGCAGCUUUGUAUUUUUCACCAAUUCAGUUAGCUAUUCAAAUUAAAAAUAAUUUUUUGAACUUAAGAGCUCAUUAGAAAGGUUUGAAUCUCUGAAAAUAGUUCUCAUUGGCUGUGUAAUAACCAAAGAAUUAACAAUAUUCUCAUCAUGGUUAAAUGAUCUUACACCCAGUCGGCCUUAUGUAAAUUAUAUAUUUAAUAUAUCAUUUUGUUCACAUGUAAACAAACGUCAUUAAAUAUUUUAUUUAUUAUAAGGAAGAAACAGGUUUUUAAUAUAUUUGAUUUAAAGGUACAGGUAGGCUUUGUUUUAUUUUAAAAGUCAAUGAUAAUACAUGUAUUGAUUGAAACUUAAUUUUUUUAAAAAUGAAAAAUAAAUAUCUUGGAUGUCAAUAAUUUUAUUGAGAGACUUUUUAAAGACAUAUCCCAUUUUUGCAUAAACAUUCCAAGUCGAAUUAACAAGCACAACCAUUUAUAUAUAAAUAUAUCAAUGUAAUUAAAUCAUAAUUAUUUUAUUUGAUAUCACCAAACUUUUAACAAAGUUGUUAUUGCCUUCAUCAGAUCAAUGUAAAUCACUAAACAUUUAAAAUAAUAUAUGAUGAGGUGCUGUUAAUCAGAAAUAUUUGGUAUUAUUUUUUAAAGAAUUUCUCUAUGUCUCUUCAGUUUCAUUUUACUAAAGGAUAGAAAAUCCACAAUUCAAGACAUUUGGUUAUAUUUUGUGUAAUCUUGCAUAUUAACUACAUGUAGUUUGUUUUAAUGUUAUGGUUUAGAUGUGAUCACAUGUGGAAGAUGCUGCUGGUUUGUAAAAAAGAGUUAUUUUCAAUUGUAUAUUUUGUAUAUUUAUAAACCUUUAGUAUCCUUGAUGCAACAGUCAAAUUGUAAUGCAUUUCAGAACUUAGAUGGUUGGGACCUCUUUCUAAUGAGUUUUUUACAAACAUAUUUAGGGGUGGGUAUGAGGCCGGUAAAAUCUGAGAUGGACUUUGGCCAUUUACCCUUCUCUUCUGUCAUGGAAAAGGAGUUUGAUUACCUGCCUAACCUCAUGAGUUUUCUGCAGGUCCUCCGAUUUCGCCCCACUGCUAAAGACCCCAAUGUGCAAGUGAAUUAUUGAAAUUGUACCAUAUGUCAUGGGAACUGUUAAGGGCAAUGUUAAUAAAAUAGGUACAGAUUAUAUUAGAUUGUUUACAGCUCAACCGGAAUAUGUAUAAAGAAGAUAGAUUGUUCACUAUUUAUCAUAAAUUUUAAUUUGUUUUAUGAUGCUGUUAAAGUAAUGAAUAUUUUAUUCAAUUUGUUUGUAAUUUAUGUGUCUUAAUAAUAAAUUUUUUAUUUAAAAAUUA